UCUGAAAAACGGGAAAAACAUUGGCACAAAGGUAGUGAAGGAUUUCGUCUAAUUCUUAUACAUUUCCCGGAGCUUGGCCCGACCAAUCUGCUAUGCAAUCGGACCAGCAGUAGAAUCUCCUCACAAUGGUGUAUAUUGCUAGAGACGGAAGGGUCCAUGAAUCCCAACCAUGGAGCGUCGAACGUUUCAAGGGAAUGAUCGCCGGGUUCUUCGCUUUCUUCGUCAUGUUCUUUAGGACACUGUUCGAUUUGAAUUCCAAUAGUUCCUCUGGCUCGUCGGACACCAGUAGCGUUCGACGUGGUGGAGGCGGCGGCGGUGGUGGCCCUCCUCCACCGGGAGGACCACGGCAACGGCCGAUCGGCCGAAUGAUGACCCUCAGGGAUUGCACCAUCCCCGGGGGCGGAUGAGCGCGGUAAAGCGUCCGGCUGGGAAUUGCUCUGCUCUUCCUGGUGGACGCUGCUGUCUCCGAAUGUUGUCGUUAGGGAAUCUGAAAGAUGUUGCACUCUUUCGUAUGACGAGUAAGUCCUAAACCUACGCUAAACCACGGGCGGACUUAUUUCGAAGAGGAUUCUCGAUUGAUGACUUGCGUCGAAAUGUAUGAAGCUGAUAUUUCCAACUUUGUUUUGAGAGCUCAAAGUGAAGAUGAAAAUGUCAGAUUUUGUAUUGUUUGUGUUUAUUG